GCGAUGGGUGAAAUCUUUCUCGACAAGACCAUUGGCCUGCUCUCGUCAGACAAGCAGAAGGCUCGUGCCGACGGUCUAGCAGAUUUGAAACAUAUCUUCCAGCAAAAUAAGAAGAGCUCUAAGCUGCAAACAUUUAAUGAUAAGGCUUGCCAUAAGAUUUUUGAAUCACUCUUUCGAUUCGUCGCAACAGAAAAGUCCAUAUACAAUCGAGCCCAAAAGUACACCAAAACCUCGUCUGCAUCACGGCUCUCAACAUGUGCUUUGGUACUGCGAAUGGCGGUUGAUGUCUUUCUGAGAAACCUGAGAACAAAAACAGUCCGCGCCAUCAUCGAUCAUAUCACUGAAACCAUACCGAUCCCCGGAGAAGGUUUAUGGGAACCGCUUAGUCUGGAUUAUACCAAGUGUUUGACGUCGCUUCUACGCUACCGCCCUCAUGCUGAGCACCUGGACGGACAAGACUGGGAAAACCUAAUAAGCUUUUGCCUUGCUAGCAUUGCACUCCGGGAGAAUGAAGAGAGUCAGUUGAGUAUUCGGAGCGGUCAUCGAUCCGUUCUCGAAGAUCAAGAUGCCAGCGACAGCCGUUCAACGCCCUCCAGGAUGGCUAUGACCCCUGCCCCAAUCAGCAGGGACAAACUCGGUGGCAGUAGAAAUGUCAUUGAAGAAGUUGUAAUUUGUAUUCAACUGUUGACAACCAGUCCAAACCCUCCUCUUCAGACCACGGCCCAAAGCAUACUUGCCGGACUCACGGAGUUUGUUGAGUCAUCCGUGGCUGGAAAUGCACAUCAGCUCGCAUUCAAUAGCAUCAAUUCAGUCAUUACAAAAGUCUUGUUUGACCAAUCGGAACUUGCCCGUUCCGCUCUCCUGGGCUUGGUUCCAGUAAUUCGACGCCUAUGGGCUACUAAACUACCCACCCUCAAGGAGGAAUUACUGGCCACCUUGGUGCUUUUGAUGGUUGUUCUCGCGGAUACUGCACGGAAAGAUCCAUCUGAAUCUUUAGCACAUGAUGCCGAAGGCUUAGCCGACAUGCUGCAUUCAGAAUAUGUGAGACGGCCUGAGAAAGAGAUCCUACAAAUUGACGAAACAACGCUAUAUCAAAAUGAGGCAUGUCAAAGCAGACCAAUAUAUGGGCCUCGUCUGGGACUUGCUAGGUCUGAGCAUAACUGGACAAUCAUCUGGUUGAUUGCAGAAUUGCACAAGCUUUCGGAGGAUAUCAAUACUCAUAUCAGGUCUGGGUUACCACGCGAAGGUUCAAACAAAAGGCAGCGCUUCAGUUCUGAGAUCCAAGACAUUGUUCGCGACUCGGUAUCGGCUACGAGUACGAAGCGAAUUUGCGCAUUGCAACUAAUCCCAUUUCUUGAAUCCGAGAUUGAGGUUGAGACCAAAGAAUCUUUCUUCAAGCAACUUGUUCUUAACAUUUCUGACCCCAAUGGCGCUGUCUCAUCCUGGACAAUGAUUGCUUUGACAAGCAUUGCGAAUGGAAAAUCUGCCCAAUCGCUUGGAUUCAAGUCACACUGGCCGCGAGUCGUCGAAUUUACUACGCGUGCAUUCUCAUCUCCGGCAACAUCAAGAGCCGCUUGUAACCUAAUGAGUAUGAUUUUACAGUCUGAUUUAUUGGAUUUCUCAAUAUCCAUGGAGACAACUCGAUCACUCUUGGCUUCUUCCAACGGGCCAUCAGUCAUGUCGGACGCAUCGCUGAGGCUAUGGGCCUCGAUUGCACGAACGAAGACACAGCUUGAUCCUGGGUCGGCGCAGCAAGCAUCGAUGCAGAUAUGUGGCUGGCUGAGAGAAGUUUGGGCUGGUUCGGUGACCGAUCGCAUUCAAACAGCCCGAGUGGCUGCAUAUGCCCGUCCGUUGGACCUACUAGACCUUCUUCUCUCAUGCACCAACCGAUCCUUCGCCAUUCCUCGGUACCAAGUUACAGGGCCAACAGGCUAUAUAGCCCGGAUGUGGCAUUUUCUUCAUGAAAACCGCGAGCUAUUAGAUUACGGCUUUCAUACAAAUCAUGCCCCCGCAAACCCCUGGUCGCUGCAGGAAACAUGGUCACUGGAGCAAUUCUCUAGACAAGAUCCGGAUGAUACAGUAAUCUUAGAUCUGCUUCGCGUGAGAUCCGAGGCGUUUCUGCACUCAUGGUACGCUAUGAACGAAGAAAAGUUACAUAUUACCCCAGACAAUUUGCAGAUUCUGGUGUCUUUUUGUAUAGUGGCUUCCCUUUUCACGGCAUGUCUUCCUAACUCCUUGCAAGCACAGUCUCGAUCACAAGACUUGCACCGGAGAUGUCGAGUUUUGUGGGACGAGAUAUGCGAAUUUCUGGCUGCUCAUACUCACGAAACCACCUUUAUUCAAUCUUGCAUGGAUUUGGUAUCACCGCUCCUUGGUGCUUUGACGAGUCUGGACACUCCUUCUGUCAUCCAGGCAAGCCUUCAAGAACUGAUUACUCCACUCUCCAAAACGCUUGAGCAGUUACGCCAAAGCUCAAAGAGUCCAUCUACAGCCGAAGAUCCCAUGGAUCUGGAUGACCGAUUCAUGGCCGAAGACCCGGUGACGACUGAUCAGAUUAUUCUUGCCAACAACCGGAAUUCUUUGUCUAUCUUCUCUGACUCGGACACAUAUCAACGCUGCAUAACCAUCCAACUUUCGGUAUUUCUGAGAAUUCAAGCUGGAUCUGAUUCAUCCUCAUCUCUCGUUGAAUAUCUCGAAAGUCUGGAUGAAGCCGACCUUCUAUCAGUCCAGGCAGUUUUACCCGAUUUCUUUCGGCUCUGCUCAACUCUGAAUCCAUCUGCGCUACUCUCAAUUCUGGAAGAUUUGGGUGAAAAGUGUCUACAGUCCUAUCAGAUGGAACGGUGCGAGGCUUCGCAUUGUAUUUGCAUCCGCAUGAUGACCAGCUUUGUGGAGUCCUGGACCAAUGGACCUGACGAUACUUUAAAGGAGUCAGCUAUGGACUUGUAUAAUUGGUUCAUGGAAGUUCUGGUAGCGCGAAAACGAGCGGCUCCUAAAGUCUAUGUUGCCUUGGCCGAGCUCAUCCAAGGGGUGAUCGGCACCUGCCCUUCAUACGGCAAUCAACAGUCUCUUCCGUCGCCACGAACAAGCUUGUUCACAAUCCUUCGGCAAGGUGAUGUUCAAGUCAAAUUCAAUGUUGCGAAGUUUAUCCCUGCUUUAUUCGAGCGGUUCCUUUUCAAAGAUCACGAUGCCAUUUUCGAUGAUGUGUUGGAAAGUUUACCUCGGGAUCCGGAAUGGAUUGAGGGAAUUGCAGUCCGUCUCUUUGUGCUUGCUCAACUGGCAUCAAGAUGGCAUACUUUGCUGCGAAGAAGCAUAUAUCAUCUAUUUGAAACGCCCGCCCAGGUGCCACAGUCACUGUGGUACGCCAAGAGAUGCAUGGUCUCUGUGUCUCAGACUCUUGGCCUGCAAGAUACUAAAGAACUCUUCCGACUUUUUUCAUCUCAAAUUCUCUAUACCUGGACCGAGACACAGAGUGUAAUGUCUAUGCCGUUUAGUAUAUUUGGAUAUGACAGUCUCCAAGACAUGCUAGCAGAUGUUAAAGAUGAGAUUGUCGGGCAAAUGAUGAUGCGUGCUAAGGAACAGGAGACAAUUGAGCUUGCGAAAUACCUUCAAGUCCCACAUAUCGGGCUCCUGACAACCUCUUUUUACAAGGCCGAGGCAUACAGCAUUGCAAGAGACAUCAGCACUCCUCCGGGACAAGGCAGCCAACCCAAGGGCGUUGAGGUUCGUUUGCGGAAACUACUGGGUGCAGACCAGUUCAUGGCACAAAUCGAAAGCCAAUUCCCGCUGAUCAUUGCUGCCUUUUUCAAAGCCCUCGACUACUAUGACCAGAUCGAACGAGCGUUUUCAAAGCGUCAGAGCUUCAGCUAUGCACUUGAGAUUCAGGCGCAAAUAAUCAACAAAAGUGUAUCUGAAAGUGCAUUGCCAGCAAAUCAACAACCCUCAUUUCGAGCACGGUAUCUUCUGGAUGAGCUGGAGUUCCUCUGCAAGCGCACUGGAUUUGAAUUUGAAUCAAUAUGGACCCCAUCACUGGUCUCUUUUGUCUGCCGUUCGCUUCUUGAAUCCAUACAUCCUGCCUUGGGCUCACUCCAUGCUUGCUCUGUGAUCCGCAAAAUAAGAAUCUUAACCUGUCUGGCUGGCCCCAUCAUCCUUCAAGAUUAUCCUCUCGAGAUGACACUCAGCUCCUUGCGGCCUUUCCUUGAUGACAUUCAUUGUUCUGAGGAUGCCCUUGGGGUUUUUUGGUAUCUUCUCGAGGCUGGCAAACCCUAUCUCCAAAUGGCUCCGGGAUUCACUGCAGGUAUUGCUGUCUCAACGCUGGUAACUCUCCGCGGACUUUUCUCGUUAUCACCAGAGAACGCAACCCAAGAAAGUCAAUUGAGAACAGUGCAGUCAAAUGCUAAACAGUUCCACCAAUGGUUGGUGACGCUGCUUGAAGAUCUUCGUUCCUCUGAGUGGGAAAUAGCGACAACGUUAUCGUUUGAUCGACUCGUGUCAUUGGCUGAACAAUUCUCAACAUCUGAGAACUCUUCAAGUGGACAGGUUGGGAAGGAUCUGGUUUUUGAGAUCCUUCAAGAUCGAGAUUCUGUGACAUCACUGCUGAGUAGGCCUGUUGCUGAUCUCGUUUUAUCGCUCUUAUGUCCCAAAUUCGAGCAGAUAUCUGAUGAUGGAGGUUCGCCUUCGCAUGAAGACGUGGAUCCCACCUCCCAUGUCGUCUCCCUGUGGAACACACUCCACAGUUCCAACGGAGGGCCUCAGUAUCGACUUUGGGCUGCGCAGGUUAUUGGAAGAUCAUUUGCUGCCACUGGAAAAAUCAAUCAACUACUCCUGCGGGAACAGGAUCUCUCACUAUUUCAAUCCCCUGAGACUUCCUUAUCGUCGGAUAUUUUCUGUCACUCCAAGUCCAGGAUUCUUCGGGUUCUUUGUGAUAUGUUACACGUGCAAAAGCACAUCGAAGCUGGCCUGGUCGAGCGUACUUUGCAGCUGAUCGUCAGCAAUAUCGCUAAUUAUCCAGACUUCCAGGCUUGUGGGGAGGUGAUUCCCGAAUCUCUAAUGAAAGCUCUCAUUUGGGACCCAUACACAUGUCCCGCGGUCUUACUUUCAAAUUCAGAGCAGGAGAGAUGCAACACUGCGGCAACAAGUUUCUCCGGACUUUCAGUUGCUGAAUGGGCUCGCAGCGUUUCUCUUUUCUUGUCGAAUGCCGCUUUAGAGGAUCCGGUCAUCGGCUCCCUCCGCAAAAUUCUCAAUGUAGCCCCUGGGUUAGCAGUGCAGCUGCUUCCUUACGUGGUCCAUGAUGUCUUGCUUUCAGAAAGGGACGAAAAGGGUGAACGAGGAGAGAUUCGAGCAGAAAUUUCUGCCGCUUUCCGCCAGGUGUUAUGCGAGGUCAGUGAAGACACAUUGUCUCAUGCCCAUCUUGUAAUCAACUGCAUUCUCUACCUCCGCAAUCAACCUGUGCCAGACGAAGCAACUAUCGUUCAGCGCGACAAAUGGCUGGAUAUAGAUUUUGGAGAGGCAUCUUCCGCUGCUCAUCGUUGCGGCUUGCAUAAAACUUCGCUGCUCUUCCUGGAAAUCCAAAGUUCCAGGGUCGCUACGACAUCUCGUCGGUCAUCUGUCGUCAGAUACGAGCCACCAACUGAAUUGCUACAUGAUGUUUUCAAGAACAUAGACGACCCGGACUUGUUCUAUGGCAUUCAGCAGAGCUCGUCUCUGACCAGCGUCAUGGAACGGUUAGAGUACGAAAGCUCUGGAUUCAAAAACCUUCUGUUCCAGAGUGCAAAAUACGACAGUGAAAUACAGAUGACUGACAGUGCGGAAUCAUACGGAGUUUUGAAGGCUUUAAAUUCUACCAACCUUCAAGGCAUUGCUAAUACGAUGCUGUCUGCAUCCAGCAGCGCGAAAGAUGCUCCUGUCGCCUUUGGUAGCAUGUUGCAAGCGGCGACUAGUCUUCAGAAAUGGGACAUUCCAGUAUCACCCUUAAACUCUUCACCUUCUGCAACUGUUUUCCGCACUUUCCAAAGUCUCAACACCUCGGGCUCUCUGCUCGAGGUCACUAACUCGAUUGAGAGCGGUUUGUUGACGACAUUGGAUUCCCUUCUCAAAACUGGUCGGUCCGCCAUUCAGUUGCGAAGUUCCAUGCGUGCCUUGGGAAUCAUGACUGAGAUCAGCGAUACUUUGCGUUCUUCUUGUCCCGAAAAGAUGGAAGAAGGAUGGCAGAAGAUCAUGGCAAGAAGCAGCUGGUUGAAAACUGAGAGGUGGAGCAGCUACCACGAAGUUGGAGAAAUUCUCUCCUGGCAUGAAGCGUUGUCUUCAUCGGUCAGGAAAAGUGAUAUCCUCAAAUCACAAGCAAACCUGAGUCUUGAGGAUUCGCGUCUGCUGGAAGCGAAAGUCAUUCGACAAUCAUUGGAAAUCACAAGGACCCAUGGUAUCUAUCAGGCAUCACUCAAGUCCGCAAUGAGCCUUUCCAAGCUUGCUGAGCCAUGUGCUGCGUUGGGAAUGAACAUUGAUGGGGCUGCCAAAUUCGACCUCGCCAACGUUUUGUGGGAUCAAGGAGAGAUGACGGCAUCUAUCCGCAUGCUCCAGCAGCUGAAGGGCCAAAAUGACCUCCAUAAACAAGCCAUCCCUCUCAGCCGGGCUGAACUUCUCGUAACUCUGGGUCACCACGUCGCUGAAGCACGCUUAGAAAAGCCUGACUCUAUUCUUCAAGAAUAUCUGUACCCCGCGGUCAAAGAACUCAAGGGAAACUCCGAUGGAGAGGAGGCUGGACGAGUCUAUCAUGGAUUUGCAACAUUCUGUGAUCAGCAACUUCUGAACCCUGAUGGGCUCGAAGAUUUCAAGCGAGUAGAACAACUGCGCGAUCGCAAGGAAAAAGAAGUCCAUGGUCUUGAAGAGAUGAUGAAAAACACUACAGGCAAGGAAAGAGAUUACUUGAAGAAUUAUCGCGCCAAAUCGAAGCAAUGGUUCGAUCUUGACGACCGCGAAUAUCAACGUUUGCUGCGAAGUCGGGAGGCUUUUCUGCAACAGUGCCUCGAAAACUAUCUUCUCUGUUUGAGGGAGAGCGAUACGUAUAACAAUGAUGCGCUACGUUUCUGUGCUCUGUGGCUUGACAAGUCCGACAGUGCGACUGCAAAUUCUGCUGUCUCCCGAUAUCUCAGCGAGGUACCCAGUCGGAAAUUCGCACCGUUGAUGAACCAGUUAUCUUCUCGGCUACUUGAUGUCUCCGAUAGCUUCCAAACCUUGCUCACUCAAUUAGUGUUCAGGAUCUGUGCUGAACAUCCUUUCCAUGGCAUGUACCAACUUUUUGCUAGCAGCAAGUCCAAGGGGGGUAAAGACCAAUCGUCCCACUCGCGUUUCCGUGCUGCCAACCAGCUUGUGGAACGUCUCAAGAACGAUAGUAACAUUGGCUCGACCUGGGUUGCCGUGCACAAUGUGAAUAUCAGCUAUGUGCGAUUCGCGGUCGACAAACCAGACAGCAAGUACAAGAGUGGUGCUAAGGUCCCACUGAAAAUCUUGACAACUGGCCAGCGCCUUGGGCAGGAUGCUGUCACCUACAAACUGCCACCACCGACGAUGAAAAUCGACCUCCGCGCAGAUUGUGAUUACAGUAAAGUUCCUACAGUCGCGAAGUUCCAACCUGAGUUUACCAUUGCUUCCGGUGUCAGUGCACCGAAGAUUGUGACUGCCGUUGCAUCCAACGGUGAACGCUACAAACAGCUGUACAAGGGUGGAAAUGACGACCUACGGCAAGACGCUAUAAUGGAACAAGUAUUCGAGCAAGUCAGCAGUCUUCUGAAAGACCACCAACCCACACGCCAGCGCAGCCUAGGCAUCCGAACCUAUAAGGUUCUCCCGCUAACACCAAGCGCUGGAAUAAUCGAAUUUGUUCCGAACACAAUUCCCCUACAUGACUACUUGAUGCCCGCCCAUCAAAAAUACUACCCCAAGGACAUGAAACCCAACUCCUGCCGGAAACACAUCGCAGAUGUGCAGACGAGAUCGUUCGAGCAACGCGUCAGAACCUACCGGCAAGUGACUGAGCAUUUCCAUCCCGUCAUGAAGUACUUCUUCAUGGAGAAAUUCAACAAUCCAGAUGACUGGUUCAGCAAGCGGUUGGCUUACACUCGAAGCACCGCUGCAAUCUCCAUCCUCGGCCACGUCCUCGGACUCGGUGAUCGCCAUGGACAUAAUAUUCUGCUGGAUGAGAAGACCGGAGAAGUGGUGCAUAUCGAUCUCGGUGUGGCGUUCGAACAAGGACGAGUUCUGCCUGUUCCUGAGGUGGUGCCAUUCCGUCUGACGCGGGACCUGGUUGACGGAUUCGGUAUCACCAAGACUGAAGGUGUCUUCCGACGCUGCUGUGAAUUCACCCUUGAAGCACUUCGUCAGGAGUCAUACAGCAUUAUGACCAUCCUCGAUGUGUUGCGAUAUGACCCGUUGUAUAGUUGGACUGUUUCCCCGCUUCGAAUCAAGAAGAUGCAGAUGCAGGAUAAUCAGGCUACCGAUGGGCCUCCAGCUCUACCUGGUGCAGCUGAUCACCUCUCCAAGAACGAAAAUGAGCCCAGUGAGGCUGACCGCGCGUUAACUGUGGUAGCGAAAAAAUUGAGUAAAACACUCAGUGUCACUGCUACUGUGAAUGAGUUGGUUCAGCAGGCAACUGAUGAGAAGAACCUUGCCAUGUUGUAUUGUGGUUGGGCAUCUUAUGCAUGA